UCAAUACACUCUAUAAGCAAUGGCUACAGGCAUGCAGAGUAAUAAUGUUUUUUGGAAUAAAAUAAAACAUUCAUCGACAUUUUUUUAGAAGAAAUUUUAAGAGACUUUCUAUCUCAACGAGAAAAAAUUAAUUGAUAAAAUGCCACCGAAAAAGGCACCAGCGGCGAGCAAGAAAGCGGAGCAAAAAAAGAAGGAAAAGGUUAUCGAGGACAAAACUUUCGGUAUAAAAAACAAGAAAGGUGCCAAGCAGCAGAAGUUCAUUCAGCAGGUGGAGAAACAAGUGAAAUCAGGUGGUGUAAAUCCGCGCAAACUUGAAGAUCCCAAUGCUAAAAAGUUGGAAAAAGAAAAGAAGCUGAAAGAGCAAAAGGAACUAGCACUUAUUUUUAAGCCAGUUCAAGCACAGAAAAUAGAUAAAGGCAUAGAUCCCAAGUCUGUGGUGUGCGCAUUUUUUAAACAGGGACAAUGUACAAAAGGAGAUAAAUGUAAAUUUUCUCAUGAUUUGAGCAUUGAACGAAAAGCUGAGAAGCGUUCUUUGUACUGCGAUAUGAGAGAUGAUGAUGACAAGGAAGCAGAUACAAUGGACAAGUGGGAUGAAGAUAAACUGAAAGAAGUUGUGGAGAAGAAACAUGGUGGUGGCAAUCGUCCAACUACCGAUAUUAUCUGCAAACACUUUUUGGAGGCAGUAGAGAAGGCAAAAUAUGGUUGGUUCUGGGAGUGUCCAUCUGGUCAGAAAUGCAUUUAUAGGCAUGCUUUACCUCCUGGGUUUGUGCUGAAGAAGGAUAAAAAGAAAGAAGAGAAAAAGGAUGAAAUUUCUCUGGAAGACCUAAUAGAAACAGAAAGGGCCAAUUUGGGACUUAAUCAGACCAAGAUAACACUGGAGACAUUUUUGGCUUGGAAGAAGAGAAAAUUGAAAGAAAAAGAAGAGCAAGCAAUCAAGGACGAAGAGAAGAAAAGAAAUGAUUAUAGAGCUGGUCGCCAAGUCGGUAUAUCAGGAAGAGAAAUGUUUUACUUUAAUCCAGAUCUCGCAGCAGGAGAUGGUAUUGAUGAAGAAGAUGAAGCAAUAUUUAAUUACACUCGUGAAGAGGAUGAUUAUGAUGAAGAUGUACAAUAUAGAGAACUCGAUACUGAACGUCUCGCUUUUGAAGCUAGCGAAAUUGAUACUAAAGGUAUUACUAUGGCUGCUGCAGAUCGGUUAAUGGCUAAUAAUGUCACUGAUAGCGAUGAAGAUGUCACAGUAACAGUAGAAGAAGGUGCAACAGCGGUAACCAUUAACGAAAAUCUUUUCGUGGAGGAGGAUCUGGAAGGUUUAGAGGAAGAAUUGGGGGACCUGGAGUUGGAGGAGUAAUCCAGAUGUCCCGAACAUGUCUCUCCUCAUUAUGCCAUUGCUCCUCUCUUUCCUGUAUUUUAUUAUUUUAAUGUUUUCGUUAAAGAAAAUCAUUAGUCUCAAAAUUUUGAUGAAUUGUAUGUUGGUGCAAUAUGCAUUGUAUUCACAUAAA